UUUUUUUUUUUUUUUUUUUCAAUGUGGUCAAUCCAUACAUAGUUUUGAUAGUUUCAAGUCACUGACCUGUUUAAAACUCCGUAAUCAGUAACUUAAGUUUUGUACUUUUGUCUAUUCAUUUUCUUUUUUUUUUCUUUUCUAGCAACACAAAUAAUGGACGAUCCUAAUGCUGACACUGAAUGGAAUGAUAUUCUCAGAGCAAAGGGUAUUUUACCACCAAAGGACGAAAAAAGUAAAGAUGAAGUGGAAGAUUGGUAUACAGAUGUAGUACGAGCGAAACAGGAACAAGAACAAAGCCUGGAUAAUAAAACCUUGGAUGAACUGGAUGAAUUAGAAGAUGAACAAGACGAUCGCAUUUUACUUGAAUACAGACAAAAGAGAAUGCAGGAAAUGCAAGCAGCAGCAGCCAAAAACAAGUUUGGUGUAGUGACUCAAAUAUCCAAGCCUGAUUUUAUCAGGGAAGUGACUGAAGCUAGUAAAGAAUACCAUGUUGUUGUUCAUCUUUACCAAGACUAUAUUCCAGCCUGUAAAUUGAUGAAUCAAUGUUUAGAUCAACUUGCUAAUGAAUUCAAAGCGACCAAAUUUGUGAAAAUUAUUGCAGAUCAAUGUAUUCCUAAUUAUCCUGAUCGAAAUGUACCUACUUUAUUAAUUUAUGGUGAAGGGGAUAUUAAGGCAAAUCUUGUUGGAGCUAUUCAAUUUGGUGGAAUGGAAAUGACAGUUCGAAGUAUUCGAUCUAUUUUGGCAAGACAUGAUGCUGUGCCUGCAGAAAAGGUAGUGGAUCCUGAAAAAGAAAAAAAGAAAACCAUUUAUCGAACUCAAGCUACUGCAGCUCUUAGUAGUGAUGAAGAUGAUGAAGAUGAUGAUGAUAGAGGUUAUUAUUAG